AUGGGUACUUCCCUGACCCGGCCUUUUGAGAUUGACAAGGUCGCCUCGGCUCCUGAGGCCGCCUCCUCCGCUAGCCGCGCGCCCCUCGCCGCCCCCGGAGCCCCGGCCUCCCCGGAGCAGGCCCCCUCCCUGCGGGACUGCUGGAGCUGCCGCGUGCUCUCCGGGGCGGGGCUCACGGGGGCGGGCGGCUACGUGUACUGGGUGGCGCGGAAGCCGCUGAAGCUGGGAUACCCCCCGAGUCCAGGCACUGUUGCACAGAUGGUCAUCGGCAUCAGCAUUGCUUGUUGGGGUGUAGUCAUCCUGACAGACCCCAAGGGGAAGUCCCACCAUUGA